AACCCUCUGCUCUACACAGUUGUCAUGUCCCAGAAGCUUUGCUUUUUGUUGGUGGCUGCGUCAUACUCUUGGGGUAUAGUCUGUUCCCUGACACUUACCUACUUUCUACUGGAAUUAUCCUUCAGGGGAAAUAAUAUCAUAAAUAACUUUUUCUGUGAGCAUGGUGCCAUUGUUGCUGUGUCCUGCUCUGACCCCUACAUUAGCCAGAAGGUCACUUCAGUUUCUGCUACAUUUAAUGAAAUAAGCAGCCUGAUGAUCAUUCUUACUUCAUAUGUUUUCAUUUUUAUCACAAUCAUAAAGAUGCCUUCACCUGGGGGGCGCCAUAAAGCGUUCUCCACCUGUGCCUCCCACCUGACCGCCAUUACUGUUUUCCAUGGAACCAUCCUGUUUCUCUACUGUGUUCCUAACUCCAAAAGCUCAUGGCUCAUAGUCAAGGUGGCCUCUGUCUUUUACACUGUGGUCAUCCCCAUGCUUAACCGCCUGAUCUAUAGCCUCAGAAACAAAGACGUAAAAGACACGGUCAGGAAGUUAAUCAAGGAUAAGUUAUUAUGUCAUAAAAUAUAA